AUGAUUGAUGUUAAACCCCUAAAAAUUGAUGAGCCAGUUCCAUGGGUGGAAAAAUAUAGGCCUGGCGUAUUAAAUGAUAUAAUAUCACACGAGCAAGUUAUAUCAACUAUACGGAAGUUUGUUGAGAAAGGUGAACUACCGCAUUUGCUUUUACAUGGUCCACCCGGUACCGGAAAAACAUCUACAAUUUUGGCAGUAUGUAAAGAACUAUAUGGAGAAUCUAGAAGCUCUUUUGUAUUAGAAUUAAAUGCAUCAGAUGACAGAGGUAUAACUGUGGUUCGAGAGCAAAUAAAAACAUUUGCUGAAUCAAAAAAUCAUUAUAAUAUUUGUGAAAGGACAUCUUUAAAACUGAUUAUAUUAGAUGAAGCUGAUCAUAUGACCUUUCCUGCACAAAAUGCUAUGAGAAGAAUUAUGGAAAAUUAUGCCAAAAAUGUCCGUUUUUGCUUAAUAUGCAAUUAUGUUAAUAAAAUUACACCAGCUAUACAAUCAAGAUGCACAUCAUUUCGAUUUUCUCCAUUAAAAGAAGAAUAUAUGCUAAAUAAAGCUUUAGAUAUAGCAAAAUCAGAAAAUGUAAAUAUUACAAAAAAUGGCAUAGAAAGUCUUAUACGUGUUGGCCGUGGGGAUAUGAGAAGAAUUUUAAAUUGUUUACAAGUAGUAUCACUAAGCCAUAAAAAUUUGGUUAUUGAUGAAAAUGUAAUAUUAUCUACGUUAGAUAUUCCACUACCUAGUGAAAUAAAAUUCAUAUUAGAACAUCUUACAAAAAGUACUAUAAAAGAAUCAUAUGAAAUUAUCACAAAAUUGCAAGAAGAGAAAGGAUAUUCAAUAAAAGAUAUUAUGAUAUGCUUAUAUGAAGCUGUUUUAACUUAUGAUUAUCCUGAUUCAGCCAUUUGCCUUCUUCUUAAAAAUUUUGGAGAAAUAGAAGAAAGAUGUGCUUCUGGGGCUACUGAGCAAAUAACAUUAUCUUCUCUAAUUAGCGCAUUUAUCGAAUUUCGAAAUGAGUUAUUUAAAUUGAAAUAUGAGCCAAACAAAGCAUAA